GAGACGUCAAGUCCCUCGCAUACAUCACAGUAGGCACGGGCGUGGGCGUAGGCGCAGUGGUCAACGGCAGCACGGUACGCGGACUCAUGCACAUGGAAGGAGGGCACAUCAUGAUCCCUAAUGCACCUGGAGACGACUACAAGGGCCGUUGCCCGUACCACGGGGCCUGUAUCGAAGGCAUGGUGGCGUCGCACGCCUUGGCUGCCCGCAAAGACGGAGACAUCACAAAGCUACCUACCUACCCUGAUGACGACCCUCUGUGGGACUAUGCCGCAUACUACCUGGCGCAAGCGUGCAUGAGUAUCACGCUGUUGCUGUCUCCCGAAGCCAUUGUAAUCAGCGGAGGCAUUCUCAACCGCCACUCGCUCUUCCCCAAGAUCCGAGAGACCUUCAAAAAGAUCCUCAACGGAUACGUGAGCGUGGAUAAGAUCAAGAACCACCUGGACGAGUACAUUGUACCCUCCACCCACGGAAACAACAUAGGUAUCAUCUCUGCAUGCAACCUGUCGGUGGGUGCACACAGGGACACUAAGUAAACUGCUACACGAGCUAUAUACUGGUAGCGUGGUAUCGUCUUGGACUCUGAGUAGAGCAUUUGGAGAAGGGAAGUUACAAUGCAAACCAAGAUCUGAUCAUAUCACUGGAUAUGAAGGCUGAAAUAGCCUGCGGACUUCAACAAAGAACGUAAAAUAAAGAUGCCAAGCACAGCAAUUAUUCCUUCGCACA